GAAUGAGCGAGUUCGAAGAAUCUGGCAUCGGAGAAGAGUGCGGAGUUUUCGGCUGUGUUGCCGCAGGAGAAUGGCCAACACAACUAGAAGUUGCCCAAGUGUUAACUUUGGGACUUGUCGCGCUACAACAUAGGGGUCAGGAAAGUGCUGGAAUCGUCACAAGUAAUGGAGUCAACCCACCAACAUACAACACCCUCAAGGGGAUGGGGUUAGUGAACAAUGCCUUUCCACCUGAGGACCUUCUGAAGCUGCGCUAUGGUAACCUGGGCAUCGGGCACACACGCUACUCCACCACGGGCAUCUCUGAGCUGCAGAACUGCCAGCCCUUUGUAGUGGACACACUGCACGGCAAGAUAGCUGUGGCACACAACGGGGAGCUGGUCAAUGCAGCUGCACUGCGUAAAAAGGUGAUGCGUCACGGCGUGGGUCUCUCCACCAGCUCAGACAGUGAGCUCAUCACCCAGCUGCUGGCUCUGACACCGCCCAUGGAGGAGCUGGAUGCCCCUGACUGGGUGGCCAGGAUAAAGAACCUGAUGCAUGAGACCCCUACAUCCUACUCACUGCUGGUGAUGUACACAGAUGUGAUCUAUGCUAUCCGUGACCCGUACGGAAACAGACCGCUCAGCAUUGGACGCCUCGUCCCCAUUUCUAAACUCCACACUGCAGGUGCUGGCGAGAGAGACACAGAGGGUUGGGUGGUGUCAUCAGAGUCCUGCAGCUUCCAGUCAAUCGGUGCCAAGUACCACAGAGAGGUGAUGCCUGGAGAGAUAGUCCAGAUCUCUAAACACGGUGUGAAGUCCCUAAGCAUCGUCCCUCGCCCCGAGGGAGACCUCCCUGCCUUUUGCAUCUUUGAAUAUGUUUACUUUGCCAGACCAGACUCCAUAUUUGAAGGUCAGAUGGUGUACACAGUCAGGCAGCGCUGUGGACGGCAGCUAGCCAUUGAGGCCCCUACAGAGGCAGACGUGGUCAGCACUGUGCCUGAGUCUGCUACUCCUGCUGCACUGGGAUACGCGGAGCAGUCGGGACUGCCGUACGUAGAGGUUCUGUGUAAGAAUCGCUACGUUGGGAGGACGUUUAUUCAACCAAACACACGCCUCAGGCAGUUGGGGGUGGCCAAGAAGUUUGGUGCACUGACAGACAACUUUGCAGGCAAGCGGGUGGUGCUUGUUGAUGAUUCCAUCGUCAGGGGCAACACCAUCGCCCCCAUAAUCAAGUUGUUGAAGGAAGCAGGAGCCACAGAGGUCCACAUCCGCGUUGCCUCCCCACCCAUCAGGUUCCCCUGCUACAUGGGCAUCAACAUCCCCACAAAAGAGGAACUCAUUGCUAACAGGCCAGAGUUUAAGGACAUUGCUGGCUACAUUGGUGCCACCAGCGUGCAGUAUCUGUCAGUGGAGGGCCUGGUGUCAGCGGUGCAGGGGGGAAUCCCCUCCCUCCAGAAGGAUGAGCGGAUCAGCACCAACACCAAGGCCAGCAGGAGAGUGGGCCACUGCACUGCCUGCCUCACAGGCAAAUACCCUGUGGAACUGGAGUGGUGAACGCUGACCCCAACCUCAAACCGCAACCACUAUCUUGACCACACUACUGCUGUUAUUGUACUUAAUCUAAUGUCUAAAGUGUGAACAUUAACCAUACUCUAACCAAGGAAGUGCCUCUUGGAGCCUACUUGGUCACAGUAUGGGUGCCUGGGGCACGGCCUCACCUUGACAAGUAAACACAGAAUUGCUGUAGCUACUAAAUUUUUCCUGAAAGCUGUUACAGUUUAAGUGGUGCCUGGCCUGCUUUGGUCUGAAAUUGUUGGGCCUUGAUGCUUCCACUCUGGCAACACAAUAACCUUAUGCACGUCAAUGUAUUACAUAUCAACCCAGCCUUUUCAUUCCACAUAAUAUUCCAUUGUUAUUAAAAACUAGCAUUCUGA